AUCCGCUUAUGCUCGUUCUCCACGGAUUCGUCGGGCCAACUGAAUGUCCUUGGGCAUGAUGGUGACGCGCUUAGCGUGGAUGGCGCACAGGUUGGUGUCUUCAAACAGACCAACAAGGUAAGCUUCGCUAGCCUCUUGAAGAGCCAUCACAGCAGAGCUCUGGAAACGCAGAUCGGUCUUGAAGUCCUGAGCGAUUUCUCGCACAAGACGCUGGAAGGGCAGCUUGCGGAUCAGCAGCUCGGUAGAUUUCUGAUAGCGACGAAUCUCACGAAGAGCGACCGUACCAGGCCUGUAACGAUGUGGUUUCUUAACGCCACCCGUGGCAGGAGCGCUCUUACGAGCUGCCUUUGUGGCGAGCUGUUUGCGUGGCGCUUUUCCACCGGUUGAUUUACGAGCAGUUUGCUUUGUACGAGCCAUGUUUUUGGUUGCAAGAAGAUCGUUGAGGAUAAAAUGAUCAAGAAAUUAGUUUAUUCCAUUAUAAUUUUAGAGUUUUAUACAUGGCGGGCUACAUUCUGAUUGGUCGAAAAAUAUCCUUUCUGAUUGGCGAAAAAAUCCUUUGUAAUGUUUUGAAGAAAGUAUCAACGGUUCAUGCCGACGGAGUUGGAUCCCAACAAACUUUACGCUAUCUCGAGUUGUUUUUCCAAGACGUUUCGCCUUAGAAAAUACAUAUAACCAUCGCAAAAGCAAUAAGUAAUUGGUGCUUAAACGCCUUUUCUUUUUGACUAAAUGAAUUAUACUUCUGUGGAUAUUGUGCCAUGAACAUACGAAGCUCACUUUGUUGAACUGAUUAUGCGCAUAAAUUACAUGUGUGUGUGUGUGUGUAUAAUUGCUCUUUGGACUUGCUUUACUUUUGUUUUAAUCUGACCAAUAAAAAUAUUACUAAGUUUUCGGAGAGGUCCACUUUUUUGGUAUAUAAGCCAGGGAGAACAUCUUUUUGGAUAUCAUUUUAGUUAGAGAGCUACAACAUGUCCGGUCGCGGUAAAGGAGGCAAAGGUCUAGGAAAAGGAGGCGCCAAGCGUCACCGAAAAAUCCUUCGUGAUAACAUCCAAGGCAUCACCAAGCCAGCCAUCCGUCGUCUUGCUCGUCGUGGCGGUGUCAAGCGAAUCUCUGGCCUGAUCUACGAAGAAACCCGAGGUGUUCUCAAAGUUUUCCUUGAGAACGUGAUCCGUGAUGCCGUGACGUACACCGAGCACGCAAAGAGAAAGACCGUGACAGCCAUGGAUGUAGUAUACGCCCUUAAACGCCAGGGACGUACUCUUUACGGAUUUGGUGGUUAGAUUCCACUGUCUACACAAACCAACGGCUCCUUUAGGAGCCACCAUAUCCUAUGAAAGUCGUAACCAAUGCUCCAGUACAGUACUUAACUCUUUUUUCCUACUCUGAGUUCGUAUUGAAAGGAAGGGUUUCCGUAGCGCUUCUACGGUACAUGUAGACGGCAGAACUAUUUGAAGUAACCACCAACGGCCGCUCCUACUAUUUGACCCACCAAAACAUAAGACUUUUUCGACGCGAAAGGAAUCAAAGUCAUGAAGGUGGUAGUGAGCAAAGUUUUGAAAACUGUUUCAAAUUUCAGCCCUGGUUGCGCGCGCUUGUGUAAUCCGAUGUUAAUGACUCAAAAGGUUUACUGUAUAUACUAAGAACUAACGGCCUCCGCGCGUAUCGAUUAUGUCGCUAUUUCAUGCAGACGCCUACUUCAAAAGCGUUCCUUAGAUUUCACGGUGAAUAGUUCGGUGGUCGUUCAAGAGUGACUCGUCACUAAAGAACAAGUCGGGGGAACGCAUCGGCCAGAGAGCUCGCACACCAGAUCUGUUAAUACAAAGCUCUAUGAAAGAUACAGUGUUUAAUCCUAGAAAUAAAAAUGCAGCCUAAUGAUAACUUGUUCCUUUGGUAAUCCGUACUUUUAGUCACGUGCCGCGUUCUAGUAAGCGUAAUUCACUGGAAAGUUUGCCGACAUUUAUGUCUGUCAACUUCUUAGAAACCAGUUUCGUUUAUUGUGCCUUGUGGUACUUUGAGGUACAAAGCGAUAUCUUUAAGCAAAGGUUUUAUUCAAAGUCAAAAUGGUGGGAAAUAAGGCACUGAGCGAAGCAUAGUUAUGUUAGCUUUAUUUUAUGCUAAUUAGUUUUUACGCCGCUCAUUCGCAUUGAUUCGCAUCUUUUAGAAGAAUGUCAUCUAAGUAGAGACACUUCAAUCUUUCCAAAAUAAGAGUAAGGUACCUCAGUCGAGCGACUCAACUUGUUCUCUUGUAUUUGUCUACAAAAAUCGAAGGGCUAAUUGAUCUAUUUGCAGGGUGUAUGAAAGGCAGAGAUAGAGCAAGAAAGCAGUAGGAGGCAAAACCGUUUGUAGUAACCACUAAACGCCGCCACAGUUUGAUUCACUGAAUGUUAAGUCGUCUGUUACAAACCACUUCAGUGAGUAACUAGGGGGUUGGUUGGUUGGCUACUUAUGUAUGGAUGGCUGCGCACGUUUGUAAAAAGUUACCUUUGCAAUAUUCUUCAUGCUAUCUCAUUAUCGGAAACUAUUAAAACAGUUACUUCGUGCUUAACGUUAAAACUGCACUCAUUUAGAUGCGGUUAAAUUUUGCGCUCCAUUCAAGAGUGUUCUUAAAAUUUACAUUUAAAUAGUUAUGUUGGCUUUCGAAUGGUAUAAUCAAAUUGACGCAGGUUACGCACGAGAAAGCGCGUACGCUUUGACAGUUAAGUAGAGAUGAAGCUUAAAGAAUACUCUGGAGUGCUAACUCACUGAAACUGGAUGUAAAUUAUCUUAUCUUAGUGCAUGUUUAGAGAUAAAACAUUUAUUUGGAAAGAUCAAUUUACCGAGAAAAUCUAUCUUUCCGCGUUGUUUUAACUACUUGCAGUACUCUUUGGUAGUUGAGACUUCAAAGCGAGUUAUUGGUCAUGACUUUUGUAGCAUUUGUUGGCUCCUAAAGGAGCCGUUUGUGUGAAUGAAAGCUGAAUUAAGCUUUCUGUUUCUUCUCGGUUUUCUUGGGAAGAAGUACAGCCUGGAUAUUGGGAAGAACACCACCCUGCGCGAUAGUCACACCGGCGAGCAGUUUGUUCAACUCUUCGUCAUUUCGGACGGCCAGCUGAAGGUGACGGGGAAUGAUUCUUGUCUUCUUGUUGUCACGAGCAGCGUUUCCAGCCAACUCAAGGAUCUCAGCGCUCAAAUACUCAAGCACAGCAGCCAGGUACACUGGAGCACCAGCACCAACACGCUCAGCAUAGUUGCCUUUCCGAAGAAGACGGUGGAUACGACCAACAGGGAACUGAAGCCCUGCUCGGGAUGAUCGGCUCUUGGACUUGGUGCCCUUUGCCUUUCCUUUACCGCGACCAGACAUGUUUUCAAAGUUAACAGAAGCCUUCUAGUGAAGUGAAAGUUCAAAUUUUGGCAGAAAGCAAUAUUUGUAGAUUAUUUCAAAGUCUAUAGGAUCGAAAGGCACCAAUCAAGGCUCUCUGUUUAUAUUUCAAAGAAGCUUUGUUUUCAUGUGACAUUGCAACACGUGGCUAAGUGUAAAAGAAUUCGUGUUUUUAGCCAAUCAAAUAACUUGAUUUUCGAUCCGUAUGUUAAUCGAUCCUUACCCUAUUCUGUUAUAAAUAUCAAGUGCAUAGAGUACUCAGGCAUUUCUAAACCAUAUUGAAAUACAGAUAUGGCACCCAAAGUUGCAGGUAAGAAAGGCGAGAAGAGAGCCGGAAAGGCAAAGGCCUCAUCUGAUGGAAAGAAGAAGAGAAGAGGAAAGAGAAAGGAAAGCUAUGCUAUCUACAUCUACAAGGUGUUGAAGCAAGUUCACCCUGACACUGGUAUCUCCAGCAAAGCCAUGGGCAUCAUGAACUCGUUCGUCAACGACAUCUUCGAGCGCAUCGCCACCGAAGCUUCCCGCCUUGCCCACUACAACAAGAAAUCAACCAUCAGCUCCCGCGAGAUCCAAACCGCCAUCAGGCUGCUUCUGCCCGGUGAACUGGCCAAACACGCUGUCAGUGAAGGAACGAAGGCUGUGACCAAGUACACCAGCAGCAAGUAA